ACACGAUGGAUUCCUGGACAGUCACCUCUGCUCUCCUUCUCGCUGGGUUUAUUUCUUCCGCAGCUUUAAGUCCUUUCGACACCGAGUGUUACACUGCCAACGGAGAGGACUACAGGGGCUUCCAGAACCAGACCAGCCUGCAUGGUGGCAAACCCUGUCUCUUCUGGAAUGAGACCUUCCAGCACCCUUACAACACCCUCAAGUACCCCAACGGAGAGGGCGGUUUGGGGAGCCACAACUACUGCAGGAAUCCUGAUGGGGAUGUUCAGCCGUGGUGCUACAUUGCUGAUCAUGAGGACGGGAUCUACUGGAGAUACUGUGACAUCCCCUCAUGCCAGAUGCCUGGGAACUUGGGCUGCUUCAAAGACAGCGGCGACCCGCCCACCCUGUCGGGCACCAGCGAAACCUCCAACAAACUCACCAUCCAGAACUGUAUCAGCUUCUGUAGGAAGCAGAGAUACAAGCUUGCCGGUAUGGAGUCAGGAUAUGCCUGUUUCUGUGGCAACGAGGUGGACCAGCGUGACCAUGGCGAGUCGCCUAGCAUGGAGUGUAACCACGUUUGCUUCGGCGACCACACCCAGCCCUGCGGUGGGGACGGCUGGGUCAUCAUCUUCGACACCCGUGUGGGGGCCUGCGGUGGGAACUACAGCUCCCCAUCCGGAGUGAUCUACUCCCCCGACUUCCCCGACAAGUACGGGGCUGGCCGUGUCUGCUACUGGACCAUCCAGGUCCCCGGCUCCUCCGCCAUCCUCUUCAACUUCACCUUCUUUGACAUUUCCGAUCAGACCGACAUGGUGGAGCUACUGGACGGCUACACCAACCAGGUGGUGGCACGCUUUGACUGGCGCAGCCCACCACGGGAGCUGGUGAACAUCACAGGCGACUUUGUCAUACUCUACUUCUACUCAGACCGUACCAACCAGGCCCAGGGAUUUGCUCUGCUUUACCAAGCGCUGAGAAGCCAAGACACCAGAACAAUGGAGGCCGAAGGAGAUGACGAGGAAGAAGGAGAGGACGUCUCCAGCACGACGGGGCCCCAGCUGGUCGGCGGCGUCACCGAGAGAUCCAACAGCACCUCCAACGGACGUUCCUCCCAGAUCCUUUACGUGAUCACGUCCAGCCCCGGUAAACCGGAGCACAACAUGCCAGUGUGGACCAUCUACGCUCUGGCUGCUCUCCUCAUACUGACUGUCAUAGCCAUGGUGGCAAAGCUGCUGCUGCAUAUCACAGUCAAGUCCCCCAACAUCCCGACAGUCAGCGGCUCGGACAGCUGCAGCCAGAGCACGGCGUCCUCUGAGCCCUGGAUCAUCCUGUACCGGCCCACCACCAUCUCCCUCUUCAAGAAGAAGCUAAAGAAUCACCACGGCGACCUCAGCCCCCUGGUGGGCAACUAGCGCCGCUGGUGCGCUCCAAACUCUAAACCAAAUGCUACCGCCACCCACAACUAUUCCGUACAAGGGCAAUCGGAUGCCAGGCCCUCAGACAAUGAAACUCUAUGAGGCGCUACGCUAACAAGCCAACAACUGAGUAGCUAAUGACAACUGACUGAGUGACUGCUACUAAAUGGCCCAUGGGCCCGAGUGGCUGGGCCCUCCCAUCCUGCUCAGCACCAAACAGGAUGGGGACAGGCAGGGCUGUCAGCGACCACAGCGUCGGAGAGGAGGGCAGAGGACUGGACGGAGGAAAAUCUUGCCGCUCCGACAAAGACACAAGGACGCUCUUAACAUGCGGGACGUUUCCUCCUGUUCAGCGAGGCUCCGCUUCAGUCACCCACAGAUGUCCCUAACAGUCAGCACACCUCCAAACACCCCUCCAGACUGCAGGAUCGCCAGUGGAAACACAACACGGCCCGGUGCCGAUAAAAAAAAACAAAAAAAAAAAACGGCGAACUUCCAUGUCUGUGUUCGCUUUAGGAAACAGGGAGGGUUUUUCCCCUUCCUGCUGCUUCAGAGUCAGCAAUCGAAUCUUCAUCAGUGUCAAGGAGAGGUUGAAGACAUGGAGUCUUUGAUACACAUACACACACACAUGCUGUAACACUUAACAGCUUAACAGUUUUAUAUAACUCUUCUAACUGCCUCAUAUGCACACUUGCAGCCAAAAACCAGAAUCCUCCCAAACAAAGAGUUGUGUAUUUAUUUUUCUUUUUGAU